AUGUCUUCCACUAAUAACAUGCCCUCUGCCAAAACAGUAUUAUCCACGGCAGCCUCUGUGGCUGCUUCGGCCAAGCUCGUCCGGACUAUAUUUCAGGACUUCUUACCUCAUGAGGUCCAUGAUUUUUUCUACUAUGGUUUUAGGAGACUCAUCAACCAUUUCUCUUCCCAAAUGACUAUUAUCAUCGAGGAAUUUGAUGAGCUCACAAACAAUAAAGUCUACGAAGCUGCAGAGAUCUACUUGGGAAACAGGAUUUCCCCCAACACCCAGACACUAAGAAUUAGCAAAUCUGACAAGGAGAAGAACCUCAAGGUCGCCAUGGGAAGAAACCAAGAGAUAAUUGAUACCUUCCAUGGUAUUCAAUUCAAAUGGAGAUUCGUUUAUACCCAAAUCGAAUCCAAGGGUUAUAACCACAACCCACGGGACCUCAAUUCCACCUUCCCAUCCGGAAUCCGGUCAUUCGAGCUCUGUUUUCGUAAGAAAUACAAAGAAAAAGUGUUGCAGUCUUACUUGACUUACAUAUUAGAGCAAUCCAAGUCCAUGAAAGAAGAGAAUAAGAAAGUGAAGCUCUUCACUGUGAACAUGAGAGGUUUGUAUAGGUGCAACUUGGGAGAUGAAUGGAGUUCCAUAAACUUGGAUCACCCUGCAACUUUUGAUACAUUGGCAAUGGAUUUGAAGCUCAAGCGAAUGUUAAUGGAAGAUCUGGAGAGGUUUGUUCAGAGAAAAGAUUUCUACAGGAUAGUUGGAAAGGCUUGGAAACGUGGGUACCUUUUGUAUGGUCCUCCUGGUACGGGCAAGUCAAGCGUGAUUGCUGCCAUGGCCAAUUACCUCAACUUCGAUAUCUAUGACUUGGAGCUCAGUGAUCUUCGCAACAACUCGGAUCUAAGGAAAUUGUUGAUAGCAACUGCAAACCGAUCCAUACUAGUUGUGGAAGAUAUUGAUUGCACGGUGGACUUUCAAGAUCGGCUAGCUGAGGCUAGAGCUACACAACCUUUAAAUUUUGAUCAGGGCUAUAAGAGUUUGUCUUUAGAGUGA